AUUCUUUGAGUGAUAAUAAGGGCCUAUUUUAAACUUUUGUAGUUCUAUAAUUAUUGACAAGAAUGAAGGAAAUAUUUUAAUCAAAACAGUGGUCCCAUCUUCAUCAGUUAUAUCUAUAAUGAGUGUAGAUAAUGACGAGGAAGAUGAUUAUAUUGCAGAAAAAGAUGAUAUUCGUCCUGGGUUAGUACCCAAAAGCGUUGCUAGACUCUACAAACAAGAUGCUAAGAAGAAAGAAGUUGAUAUCAAAAAUAGAACUAAACCAAGACAUGUUAUGGAAAAAGAAGAAAGAGAGAAAGCUUUAAAUAAAACAUUAAGCUCGAAUAAUAAAGGUUUUUCACUAUUAUCCAAAAUGGGAUAUAAACCAGGCAUGAGCAUUGGAAAAGACGGUAAAGGUCGCCUUGAACCUGUUCCCAUAUCAUUAAAAAGUAAUAGAACUGGAUUAGGUCAUGAUACUGAAAUUAAGCGUAAAACUGAUAAAACCAACCAAUUAAGAUCAAUUAUUGAUGAAAAAAGAAUUAAGUUAGAAGAGCGUUCACGGGAAAACUUUCGUUCUCAUCAGUCAAAGCUUUUAAGAGACAAAAAAACUAUGGGCUAUGUUAGGAAAAGUCAAAAGGUUUGCGAGCAAUUGGAUUCUAAUAUGCAAAUUACUCAACCGCAUAAAUCAUUCUUCUGGCCAAAGCUCUCUGAAGAUCAAGGAAACGAAGCAGAAGAUAACGAUGAAGCUGAAGAGGAAGAAGAUCUACCAGAGCCAGAGGAACAGUUAGCAGACCUUACUGACUACUUACGCAACGACGAUGACAUGCUGGAAAAUUGCCCAGGAAACACAGCUGAAGAUCAUGAUGAAUAG